CUGGGCACUAGUUCUGUAUCCUUGCUAAUCACAGUGGCAGGGAAAGCAUGGCAACAUGAGCAAUGCUGAGAUAAUCAGUUCUACAAACCUUAUAAUUCUGCUAGAGGAUGAAAUCUUUGCCGAUUUUUUCAACACAUUUCUUUCUCUCCCGGUCUUUGGUCAGACACCAUUUUAUGCUGUUGAAAAUUCACAGUGGAGCUUGUGGCCAGAAAUACCUUAUGACGUGAUUGCAAAGUACAAAGGAUUAUUGACCUGGUUGGAAAAAUACCGGUUACCUUUCUUCUGUAAAGCCAACUUGUGUUUCCAUUACAUUCUCUGUCAGGAGCUCAUCAGUUUCAUUAAGUCCCCAGAAGGAGCCAAGAUGUUGAGAUGGAAAAAAGCAGACCAGUGGCUACUCCAGAAGUGCAUUGGUGGGGUCAGAGGGAUGUGGCGCUUCUGUACCUACCUCAAAGACAGUACAGGUGAAGAGCUGGUGGAUUUCUGGAUCCUUGCUGAGAAGAUCUUGAGCAUAGAUGAGAUGGACCUGGAAAUGAGAGACCACUAUCUGUCCCUCCUCCUUGUGCUGAAGGCUACCCAUUUACAGGAGGGCUCAAGAGUAGUGACUCUCUGCAACAUGAACAUCAAGUCCCUUCUGAACCUAUCCAUCUGGCAUCCCAACCAAUCAACCACCAGGAGGGAGAUUUUGAGCCACAUGCAGAAAGUGGCUCUGUUCAAACUUCAGAGCUAUUGGCUCCCCAACUUUUACACCCAUGCCAGGACGAUUAUGGCCAAAGUGGAAUCAUGCCAAGGUCUGCUGCAGGAAUAUGAGACUCGCUUAUGCAGUGUUUGCUGUACUCACAUAGGAGAACUCCCUCUAAACAUGAGCAUCAAGAAGUGCCACUACCCCCAGAAGAGGUACUCAAGCAAGACAACCAAGAGGAGGAUGUGGCAGUUGACAGACCAUGGCUCUACUCUGGAAAUAGAUACCAAACCAGAAACCAACAUUACGCCCCUCCAGGAGAUGUGUGCUCAAGUUAAGGACACAUACAAAUACAAAUAUACACAAAUGCCCUCCUUGAAAGUGACGUCUUCAAAGGAGAGAAUAAUCAGUUCCCAGGAAAAGGAUAUUCUCUGUGCCGGGAAGUCUAACAUGAAGAAGAAAUCCAAGAGCCACCUCCACAUGGAGGGCCUCUUUGAGACAACGUUCUCUACACACAUGAGGACUGUCACCCCUAGCAUCAAUCACUGCCCCCAGAUGACAAUCAAGAAAGUCAUCAAACAAAGCAUUUCCUUAGGGUACACCCACUGGGCCUUGUGUGCUGAUGAUUGUGCAGGGCGUCCCUUCCGGCACUACCUGAAAAAGCAGAAUUUGAAAGUGGAGAUCCAACUCCUGGACCUCUGGCAGGACCUGCACCAUUUCCUCAGUGUCCUGAUAAGUAACAGGAAGACUGGGAAUACUGUCUUUCAGCACAUGCUGGGCAACAGAAUUUGUGAACUCUACCUGAAUGAACAGAUUGGUCCAUGCCUACCACUAAAAUCCCAAACCAUUGAAGGCCUGAAGGAGAUGCUGCCUUCUGGGGAUGUAAACCCCUGGAUUCCCAGAGCCCAGAGGGAGAUCUGCAAGAUGCUCAGUCCCUGGUAUGAUGAAUUCCUGGAUGAAGAGGACUACUGGUUUCUCAUUUUUACAACUCAGACCAAGUUCAUCAGAGACAAAUGGCAUAAAAAAGGAUCUAUAAGCAAAGAAGAGAAUAUUCUUCUUUAUAAGAGGUGUGAGGAAUCCCUGGAGCUAAGCCAGGGUCUGGCUAACAUGGAGAAAAUGGAUUCUCUGCAGUGGCAAAAGAUAGCUACUGAGGACCUGAGACAAGGCGGGUCUCUCCAGGUAGAACUAAAGUCUCCGGUGCUUCAAGCAGACCUAGAGAAAAUGUCCUUUGGGGAACUCUGCUAUAAGUAUCCAAAGAUGGCCAUACAGAAGAUCAGUGAUGACUAUAAAAUAUAUUGUGAAAAAGCACCUAAAGUAGAUUUCACAGUGGAAAUUAUCAGAGAACCAAGAGUGGUCUCACCCUCACCUAGGAAAACAUCAUUUUACAAAAGGACUGGUGUGAGGAAGCCCUCAUUAAGACCUAGAAACUUGACAGAAGUCCUCCUAAAUUCAAACCACUUGGAAUUCUUCAAGGAGUUCCUCAAAGAACGGAAGGCUGAUAGCCCCUUGAAAUUCCUGAUGGCCAUACAUAAGAUCAGUAUUGAGACAAAUGAAAAAAUUUACAAGUCUCUCUUUGAAAAUAUAAUCAAGACUUUCUUCCAUGGCAAAGUCCCUGCUGAAGUAAUACUGCAGUGUGAUGCCCCUAUUAUACAAGAAAUCUCUCACAUGCGUCAUGUCAGCACAACUACAUUAUUAACGCUACAGGGAUAUGUCAUGAAAUCUCUAGAAGAAAAGUGGUUUAAAGAUUACCAAGAGCUGUUCCCACCUUACCCUCAGGAAGGGCAGCAUAUUGAAGUUCAAACUUCUAGGAAGCCCUCAAAGACAACAACUUACCUACAGGAAUCUCAGAAGAGAGGCUGGCUGAAAAUGAUUAGCUUUAUUAAGAGCUUUUGCAAGUACCGCAGAUUUAUGUCUGAUCCCAGUAAACGCCACGAAUUUGAAGAAUAUCUUCACCUGGAAGUACAAAAUAGCAAGGAAAAUUUCUCCACAUCACCAAAUGUAUCAGGACGACCAACUGCAAAUGUCGCAAACGUCCGGAGUACAGACCUUGAGAAUGAAGAUAUAAUCCUUAUGAAGCGUCGUAUAUUUGGCCACAAGAUUAUUGUUGUCAACUUUGCGAUCAAUGAUUUAUAUUUUUUUUCUGAAAUGGAGAAAUUUAAUAAUUUGGUGAGUUCAGCUCACAUGCUGCAAGUCAACCGGGCAUACAACGAGAAUGACGUGAUGCUAAUGAGGUCCAAACUUAAUAUCAUCCUAAAGCUCUACCUGAAUUCUGAAAUUCCUCCAAGGCUGAGGGUGAACAUCUCUGAAUCCCAGAAGGAUGCUAUCCUUGCUUCCAUUGCAGAGGGCCACCUAGAUCGGAGCAUCUUCCAUGGGACUAUCAUGUCUCUCUUUCCCAUCAUUAUGUACUUCUGGAAAAGGUUUUCUUCCUGGAAGGCAGCCCACUCUUACUUCCAGUACAGGGGGAAGAUAUUUAAGGAUAAAAAAACUUCUCAAAAGCCCGUGCACAAGUAUCCUCCUUUGAGUGGAGGAGAUCACGCCAUUUUAAGAUUCACCUUGCUCAGAGGUAUUGAGUGGUUUUGGCCUCAACAGCAGGAAAUAGUAACAAGUUCAGUCCAAAAUUCUUCAUGUAGCAACCUUACCCCAUCAAGACAUGUGCUCUCCACUGUGCAGCUGUGUCCUGUCACAGGGUAGGCAUGAAUCAGAAGUCCUCUUCUUCAGUUCAGAGCUGCUUUGUCCAAGUGUACAAUGGGAGACAGGGGAGAAACUUUUUGGAAACCCAGCUCCACAUCCUGACAUUCCUCAGCAUGUAGAGCCAAGGUGUUGAGCUUAGUGCUUCCAGAGAGGCCUGUAGUCAAGAUAGUUAGGGAAGGGUUUCUCUGUGGCUGUCUUUGCUCACCUCUAAGUAAUACAGGCACUUUUAGGAAGUUGGAGUCCCUGACCCAUCCUCCAGGAGAGCACUAUUGCUGGGGGAAGAGUGUCCCAGAUGAUCUUUUAUUGCCAGCCUCCCUAAUACUCCAGCCUUUCAAAGUAAGGUACAUAAAAUGGAAAGCAGAGUUGUUCUACUUGGCAGGAUAUUAGCAAUAAAAGCUAUGAAGGACUCGAGCCUGUCAAAAUCGGAUUCAGCCUAACUCACUUCUAUACAAGCACCAAAGUGGAAUUAAUGCUAAGUUAAGGUUCUGAGAGAAUCCCCAGAGAGUCAUGGAAGCCACAACUGAGCCCAAGAGCUGCUUAAAAGUCAAGGUUAUAGAUAGCAGCCUCUGUGAAUGGAAGGUCUGGUUUCCUCACCAGCCAUCCCACCUUCUCAGACCUUCUACAAGUCUGACAGGGACUGGGAGCUGCCCCAGCAUCACUUGCCAGUGCUAGUGCCUGGAAGGCAAGCCAGGUAAUUUGGAGUUCUUUGUACAGAAAGACAAUGCAUAGCUUCACGGGUUGCAUGUUGUUGUGGAGGAAGGUGAGAAUGAGAAUGCAAGGGGCCAUAUCCUGAAGGCAAAGGGUUUUGGUUUUGGCCAUUGCCAUUCCUAAAGAGAAUGAUGGCAACAGACCAGCAGAGAUUACACUAGUGAUCUCAUUGCCAUUCUAAUAACUGGCCACUCUUCUUCUUCCUUCAGACAAAAUUUACCCAGCAACAAAAGGGAGAAAAAGUAGUGAAGUCAGGCUCCCAAAAGAGGCACAUCAUCUCUCAGAAGCCUCCUAACACUGACAGAAAUGAAGUGCCCUGUGUCAUCUUCCCUAGAAAGAUAAAUUGAGUGACAGCCCAAACAUGGCAAGACCAGACUGCAGUGGGUAAGAUGGGGUGCAGAGCAUGACCAGAAGCACCUCUGCCCUCCUUGAAUGGAAGGUCCUGUCAGAGAUGGUCUUUCCACAGUGGGAAUGUAACAGAUCACCCAACUCAUAGGGUCAGGAGACCUGGGCACUUAAUUCACUCUAGAGCUGCAUGGGCUUGAGCAAAUCUCUGACUCAUGGUUGUCAAAGAAUCCCAUGACAAAUGUAUGAAGGUGUCAUUAAACACUCUUAUAAACAAGGUAUUCUUUUUAUCAACAGUGACAGGUGGGAUCUUUUAAUGCUAGUAUCUCCCAUUUGGACAAUGAUUCACAUCCAUUGUAUUAGGAAAUCCUCACAACCCUGUGAGUAACCUUGUUAAAAACUACUUAUUUUUAAACAGACGAAGAAACUCACACACACAGAAGGUAAGUGACUUUCCACAGAUCAGGUAGUAAGUGUAGACCAGGUAGUAAGUGGCAGAGUCUGGACUAGAACGCACCACUUGUGAGCCUUUGGCUAGAUCUCAUUCCAUGGUCACCCUCUAUACAACUUUUCAUGCCCAAAAGGAAUAGUUGUUCACUGGAGUUCUGUUUAUUUGCCAAUUAAUAUGUAAAGAGACUCUGGGAAAUUUUGACCUAGUUAUAGAGUCACUAAGCUCAUUUUUUGUCCUUUGAAGAAAAUCAGGAGUAAAAUGACCAAAUGUCCUAAAUGAGCCCCCAACUUGAGAUAAUCAAGGAAAGAUGGGCUCAACUCUGUGGGUUGUAGAACAAGGAAAGUAGAAGGCUUAUUAGAGAAGCCUCUCCGAUUUCCAGCCAGUUUUCUGCUAUGCUGAUGCCCUUUAUUUCCUAGACUUUCCUCAAAGAUGAAAAAUGUUGUGAUGUUAGGACAGGGCUGACAAACACAUGGAAAUGUGAGAUCAUCUGGAUGGGACUUUGAUUGCAGUAGCCCAGGAAGACUGUAAGUAGAUGUGCCUAGAAAAGGUCUGAAUGCAGAUGAGGUGUGGCCCUCCUCAGGCCACUGGGAGAGGGUCCAGUGAGGCAAGCAUUUAGCCUAAGAAAAUCCCAGAAGAAGGAAGUGAAAAUUUCUUCCCCUAAAGGUUUUAGGGCUCCAAAAUAGAACCUGAGUUAACAGACAGAGCAGAGUGCAUGAAACAGAAUCCCAGCUUUUAAAAAUCCAGCAAGAAACUAAGGCAAGAUGCCAGGAAAAGAAUGGAGAAGAGCCCUAUUAUUGAAAUAGAAGUAGCAGGAAUGGCCUUGGUCAAAGGGGAACAAGACCUUGUACAUGGAAUCAAAGAGGAUGUUAGGCCAACAACAAAGUGAUUGGUGAGGAUCUGGUAAAAUACUGAUUCAGCGUCAUGUGCCUAAAUACCCUCACAUUGUACUAAGCUGGACCUACUGAUUGGCAGUAGGUGAGACCCACUGAAGGAAAAGAGAGAUCACUCAAAGAACUCAUUUGAAACUGUGAUCUUUGCCGAUUUCAUAAUUCUCUCCCUGUGUAUGCUCAUCCAUGGGUAUAUCUUGUGCAGAUAUGCAAGUACACAUAAACAUGUUAUUCAAAAAACUUCACAAUAAUUGAUAGAACCACCCUGAAUAUAAAAAGUAUUUCUCCUCAUUUAUUGAGGCUUGCUGAUUGCCUCCUUUGAUUUCUUAUUCUCUCACUUCAGAUCUAGUAUGUUCUAGCCUCAGAUUUAAGCUAGUAUCACAAGAGCAAUCACCUAGCACGCAAGCAAGUAAUAUAAAUGGGUAAGCAGCCCGUGAGACAUAAUAGGGAAUGGUAGAAACUGAUGAGCUGGUGAAUACAUCUCAAAGGAGACAGUAAUAGCUCUAGCCAGCCAACUCAAUGUGGUCAGAACUUCCUAACUUAGGACAGAGAGAGAGAGAGAGAGAGAGAGAGAGAGAGGAAGGAAGGAAGGAAGGAAAGAGAAAGAAAGAA